UCUUCAAAUCAAAUUCAAUUGACUGAUGAAAAAUUUACAGUCAAUAACGAUUUUGUGUUUGAUAUUUGGUUUUAUUGUUUCCACUGUGUAUUCCCAACCUCUUGGUUCAUCUGACAGUAAUCCUGAUACUCAAGAUACUAAAGAAGCUUCUACUAGUGUUAACGAUAAAUCAAGUGAUCAAGAAGGUUCAUCGGAAAGUGAUGAAGACGCUCCUACUCCAGUCGCAGGUCCACAUCGUCCACCCACCAUCAACUGGGGAAAAUGCCCACAGCUAGAGCCUAAAGAAGCCGAGAAGAAACAAAAGGCUGAUAUUAUAAGGACUUGUCUUAAAUCGAUAACUCUUCCAGAAAAUAUUACCCAAGAAAGUGUUGAAAAACACCGAACUGAAGUAGCUAAAUGUGCUCUUAACGCUGAAAAUUGGUUCGCUGAGGAUGGAAGCUUGACAUUUGAGUCUUGCAGUUUGAUGUGCACAUCUUCUUUGAAACUUUGGUCAUUAACGUCGAUAGCUCGAACAGUGUCAUCAAGACCGAUUGUAAUAAUUUCACCAGUUCAUAUGUUAAUCUAUUUUCUCUUUUCCCUAUCCUAUUAUUUACAGCCACAAAUCGUUAACCAGCAUUCAGAGUGUCGAAAGGAGGCUGAAGAACAAUUUCCUUCUGGAAUUGCCCAGAUCCAAUUAUAUCAGGCUUGCAUGGAUUACCAUAUCUCAAUGAUUUGUGGAAUACAAAUUGUUGGCACAGGAUAUUCACAAUAAACUCACAGUUAAUCGAUGCUAAUCGAAAGCAAGACUAAUUGUAAAUGAAUUCAAUAAGAUCAUAUCAAUUUUUUGCAUUAA